AUGCCUGAUGAAGACUGGGGUGUACCAGAUGUGUGCCUGCAGAAAACUGCUGAGGUCAUGUAUAUCAUGGAAAUGAAGAACUGUCGUGCAGCUAUGGGACAGCUGAAAGUGAUGACGGAUGGUAAUCGUAACUGGGCCUUGUUUUCUCCGACUGACUCUCGCAUGCCGAGGAUGAUGAUUCCGGCUGAUCAGUUACCGUCUGGAUUCUUUGAGAGACCACAGGCUACAGCUCAGUUUGCUCGUGGAAAAUUGGAACGCACCUUGGGACUAGCCGGUGAUGUUGAGGCAGAGACUGAAGGUCUUUUGUUCGCCAACAAUGUUGAUACGCGAGAAUUUUCCGUAUCUGUGAUGCAUUGCCUUCCAAUUGUUGAAUCAAAACAGUGGACUAUUGAUGAGAAAGAAUUCAAAUAUCGUCGUGACUUGCGUGAGAAUGUAAUCUUCACAAUCAGUUCGAGAGAGUCGCACGAGUUGGAUGAUGCGCUGUCGAUCGAGGAGAUUGAUGACUGUGACGGUAAAGGAACACCUGGAUUUGAGAUUGGAGUCCAUAUUGCUGAUGUGUCCCAUUUCGUUUUCGACAAUACUGAGCUAGAUGCUUGGGCUGCAAAUCGCGCAUGCACGGUCAAUCUUGUGCACAAGGACCGUCUAGCCUUUUCUGUCGUUUGGAAAAUGGAUAAGGAUGGUGCCAUUGUUGAAGAAUGGUUUGGGAGAACGAUUGUGCGUUCCAGAGUGCGUUUGGGAUAUGAGCAUGUGCAGGUAAAUCGGACUUUACGAGUGUGCUAAGG